AUGUACCAAAGAGGUUUCCAGGGCCAGCCACGUGAGCCAGAGCAGCUGCGGAAGCUCUUCAUUGGAGGGCUCAGCUUUGAAACCACAGAUGAUAGUUUAAGGGCACACUUUGAGCAAUGGGGCGCCUUAACGGAUUGUGUGGUGAUGAAAGAUCCAAACACAAAGCGCUCCAGGGGCUUUGGGUUCGUUACUUACUCCAGUGUGGAUGAAGUCAAUGCCUCUAUGGAUGCACGUCCUCACAAGGUUGACGGUAGACUUGUAGAGCCCAAACGAGCUGUGUCUCGAGAGGAUUCCAGCAAACCAUUUGCUCACACAACUGUGAAGAAGAUUUUCGUGGGAGGCAUCAAGGAUGAUACAGAGGAGAACCAUCUACGUGACUAUUUCGAUCAGUUUGGAAAGAUUGAGGUUGUUGAGAUAAUGGUUGACCACAAGACUGGAAAUAAAAGAGGCUUUGCCUUUGUCACAUUUGAUGACCAUGACUCUGUUGACCGCAUUGUCAUUCAAAAGUACCACACUGUGAAUGGACACAACUGUGAAGUCCGGAAAGCUCUUUCGAAACAAGAAAUGGCUAACACUGGUCGUGGCGGCGGUGGUGGAGGAGGGGGUGGUGGCGGCGGAGGAAACUUCAACCGAUAUGGCAAUAAUGGUGGCUACAAUAAUGACUUUGGAGGUGGUGGCGGAGGUGGCAACCGUGAUGGAUACUUUGGAAGAGGAGGAAGAGGAAAUAACUUUGGAGGUGGUGGCGGCGGCUAUGGAGGAGGAGGUGACUGCUACAACAACAACAACAAUGGAUUUGGAGGAGGUGGUUAUGGCGGUGGUGGUGGUGGCGGCAAUGGUGGUGGCAGUCCUGGUAACUAUGGAGGCAACCGUGGAUAUGGAGGAGGCAGUGGUGGUGGAGGAGGACAUGGUUAUGGCAACCAGGGUGGAGGGUAUGGCGGCGGCAACAGUGGUGGUGGUGGCGGCGGUGGCUAUAAUAACUACAAUAAUGGCAAUGGAAACUUUGGAGGUGGCAACUUUGGUGGUGGUGGCGGCGGCAGCAGCAGUGGAGGAGGUGGAAACUACAAUGACUUCGGCAACUAUAAUAGCCAGCAGUCCAAUUAUGGUCCAAUGAAAGGGAACUUUGGAGGCGGUGGAAGAAACAGCGGCCCAUAUGGUGGUGGCUAUGGAGGUGGAUCCAGUGGUGGUGGUGGAGGAGGCAGCGGUUAUGGAGGUGGCUCUGGCGGUAGACGGUUUUAAGCUUAAAGGACUGAGUGCUUUAGGAGAGGAGAGCGAGAGAGGUGACAGGGCAGAUGCAGGUUUACAUCCCUAGAUCUGCUCAGCCAAACAGGUGUGGCAGAUUUACAGCUGCCACCAGAAGAAGUGUACAGUAGCGCUAUCGUGUGUGUGGGACAUCAUGAAUUUGUCAUCAUGCAGAUUUAUUUUAUAUUGUCUUUGGGGAAAAGCAUUCCAAUGAGGUUUUAUGUAGAGUUGCUUUCAGUUGUUUUUAUUUAUGUAACCAAUCAAGGUGAAAUAAAAACAUCUUUGUUUUUUUU